AUGUUCCAGGCUCCUCCAGGCUACCAGCCCGUCUACGGCCCUAGUAUUCCUUACACUGGGCCUAUCUAUGGAGGCCUGAGGGCAGGAAUGUCUCUGUACAUUCAGGGGUCUAUUCCUGAUCAUAUGGAAAGAUUUAACGUGAACUUGCAGUGUGGUGAGUUUGAGGGAUGUGACAUAGCGUUCCACUUCAACCCUCGGUUUGAUGGCUGGGAUAAGGUGGUCUUCAACACAUUCCAGAAUGGGGAUUGGGAAGAGCAGGAGAAGAUCCACGAGAUGCCCUUCACUAAGGGCGAGGCCUUUGAGAUGGUCAUCAUGGUCACUUCUGAGGGCUACCAGGUCAACGUCAACGGGAAGCAGUUCUACAUGUACCAGCACCGCAUGCCCCUGGACAGAGUGUCUGCUCUGAGUAUUGCUGGGGAAGUAAUUAUUCAGACCAUCAACAUCAUCGGGGGUAUGCAAGGUGGAGGUGGAGGCAUGGGCGGAAUGCCAGGUGGAAUGGGUGGCAUGGGGCAGGGAGGCUAUCCAGGUGGCGGCAUGGGAGGAGGUGGAAUGGGCUAUCCAGGGGGAAAUCUGCCGGUUAUGGGUAUGGAACCCAUCUACAACCCACCUUUACCAUACUCUAAUAUGAUCCCUGGAGGAAUGUCUUCCAAAAGGACCAUCAUCAUAAGAGGCAUGCUACCCUAUGGGGCCAACAGGUUUCACGUCAACUUUAUGGUUGGAUACUCGCGGGACGUGGCCUUUCACCUGAAUGUCAGACUUGACGAGGGGCUCGUUGUGCGGAACAGUCAGAUUGGUGGCUCGUGGGGCCAGGAGGAGCGAGAGCUCAGUUUCAACCCCUUCCAGGAGGGACAGUACUUCGACAUGUCCAUACGCUGUGGUAACCAGAAGUUUAAGGUGUUUGUCAAUGGACAGCAUAUGUGCAGCUUUUUCCAUCGUGUCCAGCCCUUCACACAAAUUGAUGUACUUGAAAUAGCAGGAGAGACACAGAUUUCCUAUAUCCACUUCUGAAAACAUCGGCAUCCCAUGCACCAGCAAUCAGUACCAAGCCCACAUGAGGAUCUACAUCUAGCACUGUUGGGCAUGUAAACUUUACUUUAAAUCGUUUAA